UCAGCAGCUGUUGGUGGAGAUGAAGGUGGAGGAGCUAGUGUUAGUGAGGGGAAGGCUGCUAGGCGAUGUCAUCAUCCCGAGUCUCCUCCUCCUCCUCUCUCACAGCUCCACGUCCGCUCAUCCACGCACAUGGUCCACAUCUCUUCACUAAGAACAGAUUUGAGACGGAAAGAAAACAACGAUGAGACUUGGCUGAAGCUCCAGGUUGGAUGUGUACAGACUCUCGUGUGGUUGAUGGUCUGACGUCACAUUCCUGAUUCUUGAUUUUGUAGUACCCCUGCCUCUUGAGUUGAGUUCAUCAUGGGGGACGCCGACUCCAACAGCUCCAUGCGUCUAAAGCAGGAGAUCUCACUACUGCAUGGUGUCUGUCUCAUCGUGGGGAACAUGAUUGGCUCUGGGAUCUUCGUUUCUCCCAUUGGUGUUCUGGAGAAAACCGGAUCUUAUGGUCUGUCUCUGGUGGUUUGGGUUAUUGGAGGAAUCUUCUCUGUUUUUGGUGCCUUGUGCUACGCCGAGCUGGGCACAACCAUUCGCAAGUCGGGAGCUAGUUAUGCCUACAUCCUGGAGACCUUUGGGGGCUUCCUUGCAUUCAUCCGUCUGUGGACCUCUCUGAUGAUCGUGGAACCGGCCUGCCAGGCGGUCAUUGCUCUUACUUUUGCUAAUUACCUAGUGAAACCAUUCUUCCCCACCUGCCCGGCACCAAAUGAUGCAGUACGGCUCAUAGCGGCUGUCAUUAUAGGACUUCUCACCUUUGUGAACUGCAUGAAGGUGAAAUGGGGGGCCAUUCUUCAGGUCAUCUCAACUGUGGCUAAAGUCCUGGCUCUCAUAGUCAUUAUCAUUGCUGGAAUGAUUGUGCUGGCCCAAGGAAAAACCAACAACUUUAGGGAUUCGUUUGAGAACUCUAAACUGGAUCCAGGAAACAUGUCUCUGGCUCUGUAUGCUGCUCUGUACUCUUACUCAGGCUGGGACACCCUGAACUUCAUCACAGAGGAGAUUAAAAACCCAGAGAGGAACCUGCCAUUAUCUAUAGCAAUCUCCAUGCCUAUUGUCACAAUAAUCUACAUCCUGACUAAUAUCGCCUAUUAUGCAGUGCUGGACAUGAACACAAUGCUACAGAGUGAAGCUGUGGCUGUGACGUUUGCUGACUAUGUGCUGGGAUAUGCUAGCUGGCUCAUCCCGCUGUCUGUGGCCAUCUCCUGUUAUGGAGGCUUAAACUCCUCUAUCAUUGCCGCAUCCAGGCUAUUCUUUGUGGGUUCGCGUGAGGGCCAUUUACCCAAUGUCCUCUGUAUGAUCCACGUCAAACGCUACACACCAAUUCCAGCCCUGCUGUUUAAUGGUGGCAUGUCACUCAUAUUUCUCUGCGUGAAAGACGUGUUCCAGCUAAUUAAUUACUUCAGUUUUAAUUACUGGCUGUUCAUCGGCCUUUCUAUAGGGAGUCAGAUAUACCUGCGCAUCAAAGCACCUGACCUGCCCCGUCCUGUUAAGUUGAGUCUGUUCUUCCCUAUAGUGUACUGCCUGUGCAGUGUGUUUCUGGUGGUUGUGCCGCUGUACAGUGACACUGUAAACUCUCUGGUGGGAAUCAUCGUCGCUCUCUCCGGGGCUCCUGUGUAUUACAUAUGUGUGCACCUCCCGCCCAGCUCCAGACCCGCCUUUCUGGGACACAUGCUCGACACAAUUUCAUUGCAAACACAGAAGCUGUGUUAUUGCUGCGUGGCAGAACACGGUUUGGACCUGGACGAUCCGCCCGAGGAUCACAAGAAAGAAUAAACAACGGCUCUAAAGAAAGCUAAACCAAGGAAGCCGGAUUACCCAGACUUCUUUGAGAAUAAGCCAACACUCAAGCCAGAACCGCACGUCUGCACCUUCCAGUCUUGAGCGUGCAUGGAAUGGAGCAAUGGAUGGAGAUUAGGAUUGAAAUAUUCAACCGAGUAAACAACUGAACACACAAGUACACACACACCCUGUGCCUCUGAUCCCUCAGACCUGUGACUGUGUUUUGAACAUCAAGUUCAGUGCAGUGGACCAUUCAGUUAAAGACUGUUGUGAAUGUGACAGUAAUGUUGUUUUAUUGAAAUCAGGUUUACCUCCUUGUUUUAUUCAUCAAUGUUUAUUUUAUUUGUCCUUCUGUGAGCUUCUGCUGUUCAUCAAAAGAGUCUUAUAUGAGGCUUUGAAGUAGAGAUGAUCAACUUUUGUCAGGCUUGUUCGCUGAAACGUGGCAUCAUAAGAGAUGUGCAUUUUUGCUGGAUAAUGAAUUUUGUUUAUGGAGAUGAAGGAUUGUUUCAUAGGUACUCCAGACUUGAAAGCCAUAUCUUUUUUUUUUUUUUUUUUUUUGCAGUUGUAACUCCAGUUGGAAAAACUGACAUUGUUUCUAAAGUUACUCUGUGAGCCUUAUUUCAGAUUUAUUCGGAUUUAAAGAUGUAUUUUUAUCAAAUGUCUCCUUACAGUCCAAAGCACAGUACAUUUUGUCACGAUGUCCAGACCAGAAAAAUAAUGAUCCGUUGUUUUUAGAUUUUGCUUUUGUUUUUGGUAACCAACAUUUGAAUAAUGUAUUUACAUUUGUUUUUUUUUUUAUAAUUUGUCUUUUUAUUCAGGAUUUUCUGUGGGCUUCCCGCCCCACAUAGACAGUAAAGAUAUAAAACAGCAGAGUUUGAGUUUACGAGAGGGGAGAUGUGUCUUAACAUGUUCACCAGUUUUGGUCAAUCACAACUUCAGUUUCCAAAUAGUUGUAUUUUGUAUAAUUAUUGACAAGCACAGACAUCACUUUAAAAACUGCUGGUCAGAUGUGACGUCUUUCAGGAUUUCUAGUGAUGGACUCAUUAGAAUAAUAGACCAAAGAAUUGGUUAAAUGAAUGCAAGCAAUUAAGAAGCCUUAAGAUGUUCAUGCUAAAUAACUAAAUAUAUAAGUGCUGUACUGCAGCGCUUGAUUCCAUGCACAGUUCAUCCCUCUCCCCAAUACACUGACCAAAGUCAUAUCCAAAAUACAUUCCGCCCUGAAAUUAUUAAUUACAUAUAAUUCUGACCCAAAUCUGUUUUGCAGAUGGUUGUGUGUUAGUCACCAAAACAAAAUAUUUACAUUUUGAUCCUCUUCACUUUUGUCCUGUGAUAAAUAUUCCAUCCAUUUUUCCUCGUGUCAUAAGUACUGUAUGGUUAUUACAUGUGCCUUAUAGCAGUAGUGAUUUUAUAUGGCUAAAUGAUCAAUAUAUAUAUUGUUCAGAACAUUCAGAUAUUCUAUAUAUAGUCUUCUGAGAAUUAGUGUUAUAAAUCUAUGCUCUUUUAUAUGUUCUUCCAUUACAUUACAUCAUGUUUUAUGUUAAUGUAAAAUUGUGUAACUGUUUGUUGGUUUCUUUUAUUUAUUCCAUAGAUGAUAAUUUGUAGACACUAUGACAAUAAACAUAAGACAAAAAGAAA